AUGCGCGCGUCUUUGGCGCCGCGCCCUUGCUCGCAAACCACCACCAACGCGCGCUCGCAACCGUCGCGCGGCGCCCUUCAAGUCGUCGGCGCGGCGACCAAGGCGAAGAAGAAUCGCGACCUCGAGCGAUUGCGCGAGCUCGCGAGCGCGGAAGAGACGUUUUUGGUGGCUGGGUUCAACUACAAGGGGUUGACGGUCAAGGACAUGAUCACGUUUCGCCGAGCUUUGCCGGAAGGAAGCCACAUCAUGGUUGCCAAGAACACGCUCUUGCGCAAGGCGUUGGAAGGCACGGCGUUUGAGCCCCUCUCCGAGUGCUCGACUGGGAUGAACGCGUGGGUUUUUGUGGAUGAAAACGUUGCGCCGACGAUGAAAGCGGUGAAGGCGCUCACCAAGGUCUGGAACAAGGCUGGUAAGGAGGUUGCGUUCACGGGUGCGUGCAUGGACGGUCAAUUCAUCGCCGCGAACAAGAUUGAGCCGCUCGAAAACUUGCCGACGAAGAUUGAUCUCAUCACCAAAAUUGCGGUCGGUAUCAAGCAAGUGCCGACUAAGCUCGCGCGUGGUACCAAGGGUAAUGCCAACAAGCUUGGUUACGCGGCGAAGGCGAUCGCUGAAGGUAAGAGCGAUCUUAUCCAAGCGUAG